ACCCGGGGAGCGUGGGUAUCAGUUUACACACACUGCCUUCAGUAAAUAUUCCGUCAGAGAUCCACCCAUUCGCCUUUCCCCCUUCGCUCUUCUCUGGGAGAAACCCUCCCUUUCCUCAGGGAGACAAAUUCUGUCCCGGGUGGAGGGGCCGGAGCUCCAGCGCCGCGCCUUCCUAACUUCGUUCGCUGAAACUUACUUUCUGCCAAGCAAGAGCCAUGCUCCGGGUGAUCGUGGAAUCUGCCAGUAACAUCCCUAAAACGAAAUUUGGGAAGCCGGAUCCCAUCGUUUCUGUAAUUUUUAAGGAUGAGAAAAAGAAAACAAAGAAAGUCGAUAAUGAACUCAACCCUGUCUGGAAUGAGAUUUUGGAGUUUGACCUGAGGGGUAUACCAUUGGACUUUUCAUCUUCCCUUGGGAUCGUUGUGAAAGAUUUUGAGACAAUUGGACAAAAUAAAUUAAUUGGCACAGCUACCGUCUCCCUGAAGGACCUCUCUGGAGACCAAAGCAGAUCACUGCCCUACAAACUCAUUUCACUGCUGAACGAAAAGGGACAAGACACUGGGGCCACCAUUGACUUGGUGAUCGGCUAUGACCCACCUUCAGCUCCACAUCCGAAUGACCCAAGUGGAACCAGCAUGCCAGGCACAGGAGGAGAAGAGGAAGAAGACGCAGGUGAUGAAGACAGAUUGGAUGGUACAGUCAGGGGCCCGGGGCCUCGGGUGCCGGCUGGGGCGGUUUCAGAAGCGCAGCUUGCUCGCAGGCUCACCAAAGGAAAGAGCAACCGGCGGAUGCUGUCCAAUAAGCCACAGGACUUCCAGAUCCGAGUCAGAGUGAUUGAGGGCCGCCAGUUAAGUGGCAACAACAUAAGGCCUGUGGUCAAAGUUCACGUCUGUGGCCAGACACACCGAACAAGAAUCAAGAGAGGGAACAAUCCAUUUUUUGAUGAGUUAUUUUUCUACAAUGUCCACAUAACCCCUUCUGAACUGAUGGAUGAGAUCAUCAGCAUCCGGGUUUACAAUUCCCAUUCUUUGCGGGCAGAUUGUCUGAUGGGGGAAUUUAAGAUUGAUGUUGGAUUCGUUUAUGAUGAACCCGGUCAUGCUGUCAUGAGGAAAUGGCUUCUUCUUAAUGACCCUGAAGAUACCAGCUCAGGUGCUAAAGGCUACAUGAAAGUCAGCAUGUUUGUCCUGGGAACCGGAGAUGAGCCUCCCCCUGAAAAACGUGAUCGUGAUAACGACAGUGAUGAUGUGGAGAGCAAUUUGUUACUCCCUGCUGGCAUCGCCCUUCGGUGGGUGACCUUCCUGCUGAAAAUCUACCGGGCUGAGGAUAUCCCCCAGAUGGAUGAUGCCUUCUCACAGACGGUAAAGGAAAUAUUUGGUGGCACUGCAGAUAAGAAAAACCUUGUGGACCCUUUUGUAGAAGUUUCCUUUGCUGGGAAAAAGGUUUGCACAAAUAUAAUUGAGAAAAAUGCAAAUCCAGAGUGGAAUCAAGUCGUCAAUCUCCAGAUCAAGUUCCCUUCAAUGUGUGAAAAAAUAAAACUAACAGUAUAUGACUGGGACCGUCUCACCAAAAAUGAUGUUGUUGGGACAACAUAUCUAUACCUCUCUAAAAUUGCUGCCUCUGGUGGAGAAGUAGAAGCAAAUACAGGAGAAACAGAAGUGGGCUUUGUUCCGACAUUUGGUCCUUGCUAUCUGAACCUUUAUGGAAGCCCCAGAGAGUACACAGGAUUCCCAGACCCCUAUGAUGAGCUAAAUACUGGAAAGGGAGAAGGUGUUGCCUACAGAGGCAGGAUCUUGGUUGAAUUAAGCACUUUCCUUGAAAAGACACCACCAGAUAAGAAGCUUGAGCCCAUUUCAAAUGAUGACCUGCUGGUUGUUGAGGUAAAUGUUAGACUCAUGUCUAUACCAGGAAACUACUAUUAUUACUUGCCUUGGGCCCACACAAAGCCAGUUGUUACCCUGACUUCAUACUGGGAGGAUAUUAGUCACCGCCUGGAUGCAGUGAACACGCUCCUAGUCAUUGCAGAACGACUGCAAUCCAACAUAGAGGCUCUAAAAUCAGGCAUACAAGGUAAAAUUCCUGCAAACCAGCUGGCUGAACUGUGGUUGAAGCUGAUAGAUGAUGUUAUAGAAGACACAAGAUACACCUUGCCCCUCACAGAAGGAAAAGCUAAUGUCACAAUUCUUGAUACUCAGAUCCGGAAGUUGAGGUACAGAUCUCUAUCCCAGAUACAGGAGGCAGCUGUGAGGAUGAGGUCUGAAGCCACGGAUGUGAAGUCCACAUUGUUAGAAAUUGAGGACUGGCUUGAUAAAUUAAUGCAACUGACUGAAGAGCCGCAGAAUAGUAUGCCUGACAUUAUCAUCUGGAUGAUCCGAGGAGAAAAAAGACUGGCCUAUGCACGAAUUCCUGCACAUCAGGUUUUAUACUCCACCAGCGGUGAGAAUGCAUCUGGGAAAUACUGUGGGAAAACCCAGACCAUCCUUUUGAAGUAUCCUCAGGAAAAAACAAAUGGACCCAAGGUGCCUGUGGAAUUGCGAGUGAACAUCUGGCUGGGCUUAAGUGCUGUUGAGAAGAAGUUCAAUAGCUUCGCAGAAGGAACUUUCACCGUCUUUGCUGAAAUGUAUGAAAAUCAAGCUCUCAUGUUUGGAAAAUGGGGCACCUCUGGAUUAGUGGGACGUCACAAGUUUUCUGAUGUCACAGGAAAAAUAAAACUCAAGAGGGAAUUCUUCUUGCCUCCAAAAGGAUGGGAAUGGGAAGGAGAGUGGAUAAUUGAUCCUGAAAGAAGCUUACUGACUGAGGCGGAUGCUGGUCACACAGAGUUCACAGAUGAAGUCUACCAGAAUGAGAGCCGUUACCCCGGGGGCGAGUGGAAGCCUGCAGAGGACACGUACACGGAUGCGAAUGGUGAAAAGGCAGCAUCACCCGCUGAGUUGACUUGUCCUCCAGGCUGGGAGUGGGAAGAUGAUGCAUGGGUAUAUGACAUAAAUCGAGCAGUGGAUGAGAAAGGCUGGGAGUAUGGCAUUACCAUUCCUCCUGAUAAUAAGCCCAAAUGCUGGGUUGCAGCAGAGAAAAUGUAUCACACUCAUAGGCGGCGAAGGCUGAUCCGAAAACGCAAGAAAGAUUUAACACAAACCGCUUCAAGUACUGCUAAGGCCAUGGAAGAAUUUGAAGACCGAGAGGGAUGGGAAUAUGCUUCUUUAAUUGGCUGGAAAUUUCACUGGAAACAGCGUAGUUCAGAUACUUUUCGCCGCAGACGCUGGAGGAGAAAAAUGGCUCCUUCGGAAACACAUGGUGCAGCGGCCAUCUUUAAACUUGAAGGCGCCCUUGGUGCAGACACCACUGAGGACCAAGAUGAGAAGAGCCUGGAAAAGCAUAAGCACAGCGCCACCACAGUGUUUGGAGCAAACACUCCCAUUGUUUCUUGCAACUUUGACAGAGUCUAUGUCUACCAUCUGCGCUGCUACAUCUAUCAAGCGAGAAACCUCAUGGCUUUAGACAAGGAUAGUUUUUCAGAUCCAUAUGCUCAUGUUUCCUUCCUCCAUCGAAGCAAAACCACCGAGAUCAUCCACUCAACCCUGAAUCCCACAUGGGACCAAACGAUUAUAUUCGAUGAGAUUGAAAUCUAUGGGGAACCCCAAACAGUUCUGCAGGAUCCACCCAAAGUUAUCAUAGAACUUUUUGACAAUGACCAAGUGGGCAAAGAUGAAUUCUUAGGACGAAGCAUUUGCUCUCCUCUGGUGAAACUAAACUCAGAAAUGGAUGUCACCCCUAAACUUCUCUGGCACCCAGUCAUGAAUGGAGAGAGGGCCUGUGGGGACGUCCUUGUGACUGCAGAGCUGAUUCUGAGGGACAAGGUACACUGCUGCUUUCCCACUUGGAAUUUAUUAGCAAAGCUGCUUUUGUUGCGUCUUGCAAAAAGAAAUGACACCCAUUCUUUUGACCCCCAGUUCUUGCCCAAGGAUGAAUUGUACAUGCCUCCUCUGGUGAUCAAAGUUAUUGACCACAGGCAGUUUGGGCGGAAGCCAGUGGUCGGACAGUGCACCAUUGACCACUUGGACCGUUUUCGCUGUGACCCUUAUGCCGGAAAAGAGGAUAUUGUGCCACAGCUAAAAGGUAGUUCUUUGGUCCAAAUAUGGGAAAUCAUUAGAAGGUACAAAUGUUGCAGACUUUGGUCCCGGAACACUUACGUGGACCGGUUUUUCUCUACUGGUCAAAGGUCGGUUGGACCCAAAGGAAAGCUCUCCUGGUUAGAGAUUAAGGAGGAGUGUGGGCAACACUUCAGAGAGCCCCAGAAGAGGGAAAUCUGCUACGUUCUUAAAACUGAUGAUAGGUGCUCAAGUGCUAGCCAGAUGACAUGGACAUGUCUACAUGCCAUCUCAACAACUGCCUUCCAAUUCCAGUGCUUAAGCAGUAUGUCAACAGCACUCAGCAAAAUGGCUUCUCCAAGGACAGUGCAUCUGACGGAAAAGGAGGAAGAAAUUGUUGACUGGUGGAGUAAAUUUUAUGCUUCCUCUGGGGAACAUGAAAAAUGUGGACAGUAUAUCCAGAAAGGCUAUUCCAAACUCAAGAUAUAUGAUUGCGAACUGGAGGAAGUAGCAGACUUCGAGGGCCUGACUGAUUUCUCAGAUACUUUCAAGUUGUAUCGAGGCAAAUCAGAGGAGAAUGAAGAUCCUUCUGUGGUAGGAGAGUUUAAGGGCUCCUUUCGAAUCUACCCGCUGUCCGAUGACCCCAGCGUGCCAGCCCCUCCCCGGCAGUUUCGGGAAUUACCUGACAGCGUGGCUCAGGAAUGCACGGUUCGGAUUUACAUUGUUCGGGGCUUAGAGCUCCAGCCCCAGGACAACAAUGGCCUGUGUGACCCUUACAUAAAAAUAACACUGGGUAAAAAAGUAAUUGAAGACCGUGACCACUACAUUCCCAACACUCUCAACCCCGUUUUUGGCAGAAUGUAUGAACUGAAUUGCUACUUACCUCAAGACAAAGACCUGAAAAUUUCUGUCUAUGAUUAUGACACUUUUACCCGUGAUGAAAAAGUAGGAGAAACCAUCAUUGAUCUGGAGAACCGCUUCCUGUCCCGGUUCGGGUCCCACUGUGGCAUCCCGGAGCAGUACUGUGUUUCUGGAGUAAAUACGUGGCGAGAUCAAUUGAGACCAACACAGUUGCUUCAAAAUGUAGCCAGAUUCAAAGGCUUCCCACAACCCAUCCUUUCUGAAGAUGGAAGCAGAAUCAGAUAUGGAGGGAAAGAAUACAGUUUGGAUGAAUUUGAAGUCAACAAAAUCCUGCACCAGCACCUUGGGGCCCCUGAAGAGCGCCUUGCCCUUCACAUCCUCAGGACUCAGGGGCUGGUCCCAGAGCACGUGGAAACAAGGACUUUGCACAGCACCUUCCAACCCAACAUUUCCCAGGGCAAACUUCAGAUGUGGGUGGAUGUUUUCCCCAAAAGUUUGGGACCACCAGGCCCUCCUUUCAACAUCACACCCCGGAAAGCCAAGAAAUACUACCUGCGUGUGAUCAUUUGGAACACCAAGGAUGUUAUCUUGGAUGAGAAGAGCAUCACCGGAGAGGAAAUGAGUGACAUCUACGUCAAAGGCUGGAUUCCUGGCAGUGAAGAAAACAAACAGAAAACAGAUGUCCAUUACCGGUCCUUGGAUGGUGAAGGAAAUUUUAACUGGAGAUUUGUGUUCCCGUUUGACUACCUCCCCGCCGAACAACUCUGUAUUGUUGCUAAAAAAGAGCAUUUCUGGAGCAUUGACCAAACAGAGUUUAGAGUCCCACCCAGGCUGAUCAUUCAGAUAUGGGACAAUGACAAGUUUUCCCUGGACGACUACUUGGGUUUCCUGGAACUUGAUUUGCAUCACACGAUCAUUCCAGCAAAAUCAUCAGAGAAAUGCCAUUUGGACAUGAUUCCAGACCUCAAAACCAUGAACCCCCUAAAAGCUAAGACCGCCUCGCUCUUUGAACAGAAGUCCAUGAGAGGAUGGUGGCCAUGCUACGCAGAUAAAGAUGGCUCUCGGGUGAUGGCUGGGAAAGUCGAGAUGACAUUGGAGGUCCUCAACGAGAAGGAGGCAGACGAGAGGCCAGCUGGGAAGGGGCGGGAUGAACCCAACAUGAACCCCAAGCUGGACCCACCCAACCGACCCGAGACCUCCUUCCUCUGGUUCACAAACCCUUGCAAGACCAUGCGGUUCAUCGUGUGGCGCCGGUUUAAGUGGGUCAUCAUCGGCCUGUUCAUCCUACUCAUCCUGCUGCUCUUCCUGGCUGUGCUCCUCUACUCCUUGCCGAACUAUUUAUCAAUGAAAAUCGUAAAGCCAAAUGUUUAAUAAAAAGUGAAGACAACUUCUCACAAGUCCUCCAGCAACGAGGGAAUCCUGUCUCCACUUACGGACCAAAUCUGCAUCUGAUUUGGUUGGUGGCAGAAGCUCCAGCCUAGCAGCAACCUACACUACUUGACCACACUAAAUCCUGGAAAGUCAGGCCAACGAGCAACAAUUUUACCUUGUUACCUUUCAAAGUAUUAAAAGUUAUAUUUUCUAAAGUUUUAGUCCUAUUUUUAAGAGUAUUUUUUCAAGGUGGCUGGUUCCAUUUAUGUGUCCUCCAUUCCUUGAUUCAAGUUUUGGAAAUUGCUGGAAUGGAAUUUGAAAAUUUCCAUAUCUUGACACCAUAGAUUUCUUAUCUGUAAUCAGGAAAAAAGACUGCAUUAUAAAAACAGCUAGAAUAGAGUAAUUCUUCCUUAUGUCACAAACCACUGUUAUGAUAUUUUGUAUGAAUAAACAUCAUGAGACUCUCUUCAAUCUCUGUGAUGAAUGCAAAUAAAACUAUUUCACUUUUUACA